AUGGCAAAAGCUGGAGGUGCAGAUUUUGACAUGUUGUUCCAGGAGUGGCGGAGGAAGUUUAGAAGUGUCGCCCCACUUCCCCAAGAUCCGGCCGACUUUGAUUCGCUGCAGCGGGUCCUACAGGACCUCACCACCCAGUAUUCUCGCAAGCCGCUAUCUAAAUGUCUCGCCAAACUACAACCAACACUAGAACAUGUGAAAUCGUUCAGUGGUGCUUUGAAUUCGAUUUGCCAAGUACAAGAUGCUACGACUUUGACUUGGGGAGCCUUGCAAGUCAUGAUCGAGUGCGUGUGCAAACACUCGAAUGCUAUUGAAGACAUAUUCGAUAUAAUCGCGGAUGUGAACACCAUCCUUCCUCGUUUUCAACGAGGACUCGCUCUUUAUCCAAACGCGAAAGCGCUUUCAUUUCCUCUACAUGAUUUGCUGCGGGAUUACUUAGCAUUCUGCAUUCUGAUCACGAAACAUGUUACAGAAAGCCCCUUGAAGAACUUUCUCAAGGGACUCUUCCGCUCGAAAUUAAAGAGUGAAGUGACUAGUUUAAAAAAGAGCAUGGAGCGCAACGAAGACAUAUUCCAGAAGGAGUUGCAAUCGAUCGAUCGUGAGACUGUGCAACAACAAGGAAUCGAUAACGCUACUUCCUUGGGCAAACAGUCUCAAGCUAUUCGCGCCAAGAUGUUACAGACUACCAGUCAGACGAACCUUCCUUUCAAUACUAUUCCCACAUUGCUCAAUCAACAGUUUGUGGGUCGCGAAGACGAGCUGAAGGAUCUUCACGACCAUCUGGAUCCCGGAAAUCGGCAAAGUGGCAGAGCUUACGUCAACCGAUAUCUUUCUAGCUACGACGGUUGCUUCUGGCUGAAUUCCGAGACCGAUCACGAACUCCGCAAAUCAUAUGCCGAGAUUGGAAAGAAGAUACAAAAGCGAGAUGGCUACGACAUCGUUGGUGGUCAAUCAAGCCCUGAAGAUGAGAUUGGCAGAGCCGUCGAAUGUGCUCGGGAGUGGUUGGAAAGCACGAACGAGAAAUGGCUUCUAGUGUUCGACAACCUUGAGAAUGCUCGCCAUGUGCAGUACUACCUACCCGACAAUAUAAAAGGAUGUGGCGCUACGAUCAUCACCACACAAAAGGCACAUAUCUCAAAAUUGACCGCAAACUUUCACAAGAUAGAGCUGCAAGAAAUGUCUCCUGAUGUCGGUGCAGAAUUGUUGCUCAAACUUCUCGAUGAGAGGCCUCAUGUGUCUGACGAUGAUCGAUACGUUGCUCGAGAGGUCUCUGAAUGGGUGGGAGGGUUACCUCUAGCCUUGGUAACUAUAGGAGGCUACGUUAAAACUUCGGGAACGGAAAUCUCCAAAGUCUUUGCAAGAUUGAAGCGUUCUUCCAGGGUGUGGGCUGAUCGCGGAGAUGAUGCUGUUCACAAUUAUCAGAAAACACUAGCUACUGUUUUCAAUGUCGCUCUAGGAGCACUUUCGCCAAAUGCGAGGCACUUCAUCGACUUGAUGGCUUUUCUGAAUCCGGAUCGCACGCCAGAAGAACUAUUUACACAGCCCCAGAAGGUCAAGACCUUAGAGUUCCUGAAUGACGAAGAUGAGUUUUUGGAUAUAGGAAGGGAUCUGGGCCGCCGUCAGCUGUUCAAGAGAUUCGAUAGUCCAGAUGGUGUCCAAUAUUCGGUGCAUCGGUCACUGCAAAAGAAUAUUCUCCAUGGUUUCCAACAAGACAAAGAUCCCGACAAGCGCAGACGUAUCUUCGAAGAGGUCUUCGCCAUGAUCAACCAACAGUUACCGCCUGCAUCGCGUCUACAGCAGAAUGAGAGUGACAUAUGGCCGGUAUACCACAAGUUUGUACCGCAGGUCGUCAGUGUUAUGACUAACUCGCGAUGGCCAGACCCUCCAUUGGAACUCAAUCUGAAGUUUGCGAAGAUGUUAUCCAAUGUCGGAACAUAUCUAUGGCACACUGGUCAGUUCCGUGACUGUGAAAUCGCCAUGGAAGAAGCUGAAACCGCCCUUCUCAAGCAAGAUGAUCAAUUCAAGAACUCACCAGAGUUUGAAGAGCUCAUUAGCGACAUAUACCUGGUGACGGGUAUUGUGGCUGAUUGCGUUGGUGUCAGUAAACGAAAAGAAAGCCUCCAACACCGAGAAGAGCUCCUUCGGUUGAGAAACAACGAACUCGACCGUAUACCUGUUGAUCAAAGGACUACUGACGAUGAGAUUCGAUGGGGCAAUGCGAAGGGCGAUCUUGCUUGCGCAUACUUCCAACGAGAUCGGUAUGCCGAAGCUAAGGUAUUGAUGGAGGAAUUGCUAGUUUAUUAUCGAAAAUGGGGCACCGAAAACCAGUACCCAUUCGAAUACAGCAAGUACUACCACCACUCCGCAUUCAUACUGAUGACGGAGGGCCAGCCAAGGCAAGCUCUAGAUUAUGUUCGCAAGAGUCUCAACCUUGAACUUCAGCAUGCAGGUAGUGAGGACUCAUCCGUUCUCAUCACCAAAUACGACCUUGCAUUAAUCACCUUGAGAAAUGCCUUGCGCGACGACACAGAGCUACAUGGACGGAAGAAGGAUAUACAAGGGCACAGUACUGGUAUUCUCAGGUUCUUCUCGCUCUUGGUGAGGUAG